AAACUACAGCCCGCUCAACUACUUCUCACGAAUACCAAACAACAAACCAACAAUACUCACUCGACUACCAACUCUUUCCAAAUGGACUGGCUCAGUGUGCUGGAAGACGUGGCCCUCGAGGCAGAACUGGAAGAUAUGGCCCUCGAGGCAGGUACCCAAGCUCACGAGGAGGCCUUUUACACCCCGGCAAAGCUCAAAGAUCCUCAACUUCUACGCGAUGAUACUCUCCAGCACAUCCACGACAUCCAAAAUGGAGUCAACUCGCGCCAGAAGCGUUCCCAAAUUGGCGCCUCACAGUGCCGGAAGCGAGAGACCACGGGCGGAAAUGUCUUCUACUUGGUCAAGUUGGAGCCUCCAUUCAGCACCCCAGAAGAGCUCGCCGUAGCCGCAAACCUUGGCCCGAACAAUACACCCAGCGUGGAAAAAGCAACUGGAGACGAAGGCACAGCUCGUUUCUGUCGUCUGAGCCCCCAUUCAAAGGACGUUCUAGUCGACUGGUUGAAUCUAAAGCACCCCUCAUACCGGCCAACUUUCAUCAGAAUCGGGAAGGCAUCCAAGGAGCUGUCAAGCACGUCUACCUACCCCAGUCUAGGUGUCGAUACUACACUUCCCCAACAUCGACCCAAUGCCUGGGACGCCUCGCGUCCAUAUCCUCUGCAGGACGAGUACCCCGUCUGGUACUUUUUCUACGGCACCCUUGCAGACCAAGACCUCUUGGCCAAUCUGUUCGGGUGGAGUGACGUCGCUCAUAAGUUGCCUAUCUUAUACCGCGCUUCUCUCAAAGGUGGCAUCUUGAAGACGUGGGGUGGCCGAUAUAGGGCGAUGAUUGACUCACCUGGAAACCUCGUGGAGGGUUUUGCAUACCAAGUCCAAUCCAGGGACGAAGAAGACGCUUUACUGGUAUAUGAGACGGAGAAGUACGAGGUCGUGCGGUGCAAUAUAGUGCUGGAAGUUAUUGCCUCCGUGGGUCUGAAGCAACUGGUAAAGGGCUGCACAUUCAGGUAUGCUGGAUCUGAGGAAGACUUGGCUUGAUGCGGGUAGGCGGUGCAAGAGAAUUUACGGAUAUCCUUGUUGUUGUAUGAUGUCCUUUUCAGGCAGGUUGAAUCGAGCUAUCAGCCGGUAGUCCACUUUGUUAAAGGUUAUAUUUGGAAAGCUCUAUGAGCUCACCCGGCGUCGUUAUCACCUUCUCGACUUACGUAUGUAAAUUGUAAACAAAUGCGAGGUAUUUGUUCUUCCCC